GUUGCUCAGCUGCUCUUGGCACAGCACUAGAGGAGCACUUGAUAGAUGUACAGUUAGAGGAUGUACUGUUGUGGUAUAAAGGAUUUUCAACAGGUGGGCCCUGAAAUGACCGACUCAUAACCACAUCAGAAGAGUGGAGACUUGGCUUUUUUUCUUUCUUUUCCAGCUGAUCCAGUGAGAUUUAAACCAGUGGUUUUUGACUUGCAACAAUGGGAAAAUGCUGCAAAUGCAACGGGAGACUACUAUGCAUGUGCUUCCUGCCAUGUAUGAUGACUGGACACCUUGUGAUUUACAUCAUGGUGACCAUAUUUGUCACCAUUUCUUACGCUCCUCCAAAAGUAAUCAUUCACUACAUUGCUCCAGGGAUUUCAGCCAAUUCUUCCACCCUGGCCUCACACCCACUUGGUCCUUUCUGGAACCUUCGCCUGGAGGACAGUGCACUGUGGAACCAGUUGCAGCACAGCUGGGACCGUCAGCACAAUCCAAUAUUAAGAGGAAACCUAACUGGGAUGCAGAGAAGCCCAAAAGGUCAGCCUUUCACUGAAAUUGAGGAUAAUUGUCUAUCAGACUGCAUGUCACAGAAGUGUUCAGUUCCUAGAGUGAAUGACUUCAACAGCAUGCCAGAGCAAAUUAGAGCAUUUAUCAAGUCAAUGCACUGCAGGAAGUACCCUCUUCUUAUCAACCAGCCUCGUAUGUGUCAGAGGAACAAAGAUACCACUGGGGUGGGGUCUCCAAUGCUCCUCAUCGCUAUCAAAUCACAAGUGGGGAACUUUGAAAACCGACAGGCCAUACGUGAAACAUGGGGACACAGGGGUGUGGUGAAGGGGGAGUUCAAUACAAAAGGGGGAUUAGUGCGCACGGUUUUCCUGCUCGGAAGGCAGGACUCGAGUACAGGUCCUUACCCAGACCUGAAGAACCUUCUGGAACUUGAGAACGAGAAGUAUGGAGAUAUUCUGCAGUGGGAUUUCAGGGAUACGUUCUUCAAUUUGACCUUGAAGGACCUGCUGCUGUGGAGAUGGUUCAAGCAGUACUGCCCUACUGCCGCCUUUGUCUUCAAAGGCGAUGAUGAUGUUUUUGUUCGGACAGAUGCCCUUCUGAGUUACCUGCAUAAAAAAAUGGAGGAGCACAAGCUUUGGAGAAUCUAUACUAAUGAAACAGACAUGAAUUUGUUUGUCGGCGAUGUGAUCAGCAAUGCAAUGCCGAACCGUGAGCCAUCCAUGAAAUACUACAUACCGGAAAGUUUUUACAAAGGUGUGUACCCACCUUACGCUGGUGGAGGAGGGGUGGUGUAUUCAGGCUCACUCGCCUUACGUUUACAGGAGGUGUCUGAAAGGGUUCGUCUUUUCCCUAUUGAUGAUGUCUACCUUGGGAUGUGCCUAAACAGACUCGGGCUUUCUCCAGUCCACCACCCGGGUUUCUUAACAUUUGAUCUCCCCGCUACAGACAGAAACAAUCCGUGUGCAUACAGGUCUGUUCUACUUGUUCACAGACGGAAUCCAAAGGAAAUGCUGACCCUAUGGAAACAACUCCAGAACCUGCCUGCUCAAUGCUGAGUCUCAUUUGCAAAGCAAAUAAGAUUUAGUAAGUACCAGACGACUGCGGCCACUACACUAAUUUGAAAAAAAAUUACAUACUGUGGCCAGGAGGCAGUGCAUGGUAAGGUCACCUUUAAUCAACCUUUCCUGUGGAGAAUUACGUAACUCCCAGGAGGAGACUGAUCUACCUCAGAAGGUACUUUAUUACAGGAACUUUACAGAGCAAUAACACACCUCAAACUCUUGUUUUUGUCAUUGCUUGUACCAAUGUGCCCUAUUUUAUCUAAAAACAUUUCUCCACUA